AUGCUUCGUUCAAAGUUCUUGUUGGUAGCAAGUAUAUUUGCCGUGACGAUAUUCCUCAGCUUUGUAUACUUCAAUUCCGCUCAGAAACAAACCAGUGUCAGUGAUGAGACCAUCAUCAUCAAUAAUAAUAAUCGUCAUCUGAUGCAAAAGGAUCGCAAGGAGAUAUCGAUCAGCUUCUGGGAGACGCCCUACAUCGACAGGGAAAAGACGGGCAUGCUGCACAACCCCGUCCUCAACGGACCCUAUUCAAGGAGCGACAGUACCAAACAACAAUCAAACGCCAAUCCAUCCUCCUCAUCGGAGGCACACACUGGAUAUCGCGACAGGCGUCUGCACGCCGACCAUAUUAACGGAGAGUCGGGCAGACUUGUCAAGGUCCCGCUAAGCGAGCGAGCGGCCGUCAUUGAGGACGGCGAGUGCGAGGUCUCAUGUCUGUUCACAAAUGACAAUGACAACAUACCCUUUGCCGACUUUGUCAUGUUUGACCCAUCGCACAUCCAUCCGGACAACUGGCGCAGAAUGCCCGUCAACCUGCCCGAGAAGCACCAGCAUCAGCGCUUCGUGCUGCUCAACUAUCACUCCACCAGCCAGUAUCCAAUCAUUGGCGACAAGCGAUUCCGUGACAUCAUGGAUCUGGAGUUCAACUUCACCACUCAGUCACCGCAUCGUCUCUCACUGGCAUGUCCGCCCGAUCACAAGAUGACCCUGGAGCAAACACAACAACUUCUAAUGGACAAGUCUUUGACGGCCACUGCCGCCACCAAGACCAAGAACAUCAUUUUCCUUUCGUCCAAUUGCAAAGCUGGAUUCGCCAAAGCAAGAACUAACUAUGUCGCCGAGAUGAUGAAGUAUAUUCCAAUUGAUGCGAAAGGAUCAUGUCUUUUGAACACCACCGACCCAAUUGAACUUAAGGAACUGGACACUAAUGGACGUGUGGCUGCCAACAUCGAGCUGUUCAAGCCAUACAAAUUCGUGCUGGCCUUUGAGAACGAGAACUCUACCGACUAUAUCACUGAGAAGGUGUAUAGUGCGCUGUUCUCGGGUGCCAUCCCCGUAUAUAUGGGUGCUUCCAACAUUGAUGAUUGGGUGCCCACUGGAUCAAUCAUCAAGACGUCCCUGUUCGCCUCAGCUCGUGGACUGGCCGAUCACCUGAAAACCCUGCUCGAGGACAAGGCUCAAAUGGAGAGCUACUUUGCUUGGAAGAAGAAGCCGCUCGAGGCCAAGGUCGUCGAGAAGCUGUCGAUGUGCAUCAGUGGCUUCAAGUCAAAGUGUGAGAUGUGCAAGCUGGCCUACUCACUCUUGUCCGACGAGCAGUACGCCUUCAAGGAGACGACGUUUGGCGAGAAGUCGCACUACCAGCCAUCACAUCUAAAUAUGGAGGGCAAGGGCGACCACAUCAAGGUGGGCGCAAGCGAGGCAUGCGCCACAUGCUUCGAUCUAACUGAUCACUACACAUUGAUGCUAUGGGUGAAGCCAUCGUCAUUCAGUGAUCAACGUCUGAUCGAUAAGGGAACCGCUGGAAAGGUGGAUGGAUUCGACUUUGACAUCCAAAAGACAUCGACUGGAAGAGGACUGGUGAGGUUGUGUGCCGCACACAGUUGUUUCUCAUCGCAUAUCAGUAUAUCCAGUGAUGUAUGGUCACAUGUUGCCGUUGUAUUCUCUGUAAACAAUCCAGAUCCACAUGACAACAAUGUCCGAUUCUUUGUCAAUGGACGACCAGACAUCCCAACCGAGCACAUCUACUCAACCGCCACCAACAAACAUCCAGUGACAAUUGGCAAGAGUGCAUCACAUGGACCAAUGGAGGCUGGAACAUAUCAUGGAAGAUUGGACAAUAUUGCAAUAUUCAACAGAUCAUUGAAUGGACAAGAGGUCGUGCAGUACAUGUGGAAGAAGCCAGAUUACAGUGACCCAUCACUACUGCUCUACUAUGACUUUGACUACUCAUCUAGAAUCAGUAACACUGAUCGUACGAUGGUAUUCGACAAGUCAAUGUAUGCCAACCAUGGAAAACUCGAAGCUGGUUCCAAAGAGGAUGUCUCUCAACGUGUCAUGUCACCUGGUAAAGAGUAUGCCUUUAACAAGUGCUUGUAG